AUGGAUAUGCAGAUCGGACCCGAGUUUGAGGUCUUCGCAAAUGCGCUCGAUGAUUGUCUUUCACCUCAUGGAUCAGUCGAGGCCAAGCGCGAGCGGAUAUUCGGGCUUGUAAAUGCCUACUAUGACUUCACGGGUGAGAAGUUGGCGCACCUGCGCAACCAGGCGCGUCAAGGCUCGGUUGGCGACACCGAGAUGGAUCUCGACGAGGAUGAAGAAUCCGAACCGACGCCAAGCUUAGAGGAUAUCCGGGCUUGGGAGCAAGAGAGGCAAACCUGGGAUCUCCUUCGUCGUCUGAUACCUUUGAGAUAUCCCUCGAAUAGCUCGAACAGCAAGCAGGCAUUUGGUAUCAUGCAGAGGACUCAGCAAACCGAUGAUCUGUGGAGCGAAUUCUUGUUCGACGACCCACUGGCGAUCGAGAGGAAAACCGUGUUGGAAUGGCUGCAACAAGGCGCAAGAAACGGGCCUGACAUUGAUGACCUGGUUCGGGAGCUGCAGCAGAAUGCUGACAGAGGCGACAUUAUUGCCCAUGGAUGGAUUCACACGAGAUCUGCGAUCAAAUUGCAAAAGGGCGUCAGGGGAUCUACCCGUCCCCUGGACGUUGAGUUUCCCGAAGUUGCGCGCAUACUGCUCAACUCUGACAACGCUCCACUCGUCGCCGAGCUUGAUCCUGAUGCCGUGACGAGACAGGAACGAAAGCUGGAGCCGCAGGACGAAUUUUUCGAGAGAGCGAUAUGGGUUGGCUGCUUCCAGCUGCUUCGGAGGGGCAGCAGUCUUCAAGCCAUGAGAGAAUGGUGUUUGGAGAGAACCGAGGUUUGGAGGGCAGUUUCAAUGUCCCCGCUGCCUCUUGCGACUGAGCACGGCGAGUCAAAGUUCGUGGAUGACCCAUCCGCUCUCGCCCUCUGGAGACGCAUGUGCUUUGCUCUUGCUCGUCAAGGUGGUUCUGAUGACAUCGAGAGAGCCGUCUACGGAGUGCUAUCAGGAGACAUCCCCAGCGUACAGAAAGUAUGCCAAACGUGGGACGACUUCCUGUUCAUGCACUAUAACGCCCUCCUCCGCACCCAGUUUGAUACUUUCGUACUGAGUCGUUGUCCGCCGGAAGUAUCAGCUUCCCUUCGUUCGUCGUUCGCCGCGUUCGACGCCAUUCAGUUUCACGGCGACGCAACGACGCUGGAACAACGUCUGGUAAAAUCCUUGGAAACCAGCCCUCAUACGAGCAAAGAAGCCUUCGAGCCGGCCAAGGCUCUUCAAGCUGCCAUCAUCUCGAGAGACCUCGAGCAGUAUUUCUACGAGCAAGGCAUUGCUGUCACCCAAAAGGCCAAUUCGGAAGAGCCAUCGGUUCUGAUGCCCGAUGACAACUGUCGCAACAUCCGUGUGGCUCAGGAGAAGUUUGCCGAUAUCCGUACCCCCGAUCGCCUGCGGCUGGCUGUGCAUGCCCUCAUCAUUUUGUCGACAUUAGACUCCCUAGGAACACCGUCGACUUCCGCCACAUUCAGCGCCGACCAUGACCGCCGCGAGCUGCAGGAAAAUACGAUCACAGCUUAUGUCAGCUUGCUGCGAUUAGCGGGUUUCGACGAGCUGAUCCCUCUCUACUGCUCCAGGAUUGCUGAACCCAGGUCAUUCCACGUCUUGAGCACGAACAUAUUGCCAAUCACUGACCACGAUUCUCGUCUCGUCCAGCUCAGUCUGAUCCGGAAAGCGGGGCUAGAUGUACUCAAGUUUGUCAGAAUGCAGCCAGAACUCUUAUUCAAGAACUUGGAGGACGAGACCUCGGAUGGUAAUCUGGACAAGGGUCAAUUUCGGAUCAUGGAGAACGAACCGGCAUCUCUGAAAUAUGGACGCUCUAUCAAAGCGGACUUUUUUGGGGAAGAUCCGGAGUCUAUUGACCCAUCCGACGAUCGCCUCAUUCGCUCCGUUGAAUGGCUCUUGCUUGUUGAGGAAGCCUGGCCGGACGUCUUCGUGGUCGGCGUGUCGGUCUACAAGUAUUUCCUCAAACAUAUGCGUCUAAAUGCCGCAAGGAGCUUCGCGAACCGCGUGCCAUUCAGUGUCAUCAUGCGACAGAAGAUCGAUACCUCCGACCACGAUGAGAUCGAUGCCUUGUCCGAGGAUAUAGAGUUCUGGACUAGCCAUAUCGGACCGGCGGAUGCAGCCCGAUUGUCGGCGGGCCAGCUUGCCUCAAACGCACGAACUUUGCGCGACCUUGAAUGUCUUGUCAAGGCUUUGGACACGAUGGAGACUAUCGCAUCGCUUGCGGAGCUUUCUAAAGAGGACCCGUCUGUAAAGAGAGAUUUCUGGGCCAAGGUGAGCAACGAAGUCAAAUCCGCAAAGGAUCACGUGCAGCCACUGCUGAAGAACUGGCUUUUGGGCCAGGACGACCCAGACUUGGAGCUUCUACGGGACCUGUAUUUGCCUGAGACUCUUCUUGCCUACGUUAGCACACUGCACUUUGCUGGCACAACCUUGACCAGGGACAACUUCUUGGAGUGUAUGGAACUUGCGGCUACCAUUGCUGAGAAGGAAUCAGACCUUGCUCCAUGCCUCAUCAAGGCCAAUAGAAUGAAGGAGUUGGUGGAGGCUUUUGCAGCCUGCAGCAAGGCGCUUGCAAUAGCUGCAGGUGAGAAGAAAGCAGCCGGUUCAAGCAGUAAAAAAUUGCGGGAAAUGGGCUGGUCGCGGGAUCUAUGGUCAGUCAGGCCUUGA